AAAUUUCAAGAUGGCGGACACGGACCAUUUAGAUGCUACGGAAGAUGUAGCGUUAAAUUUUGGAGAUGAAGAUGAAAUUUUGAACAGAAAAAAGAAAUUUAGAAGACCUAUGGUAGCAGCCUUUCAUCUUCUUUUCCGAGUGGCAUCAAUUAUUGCAUACCUCCUGUGUGGUUGGUUCAGUGACAGUUUUAUAACAAACUUUAUUGUCAUAGUGAUGCUGUUAUCAUUUGACUUCUGGACAGUCAAAAAUGUCACUGGACGGUUAUUAGUAGGGCUUAGGUGGUGGAACUAUGUGGAUGAAGAUGGGAACAGCCACUGGGUGUUUGAGUCAAAAAAGGGUGACAAAAAUGUGACCACUGUUGAAUCACGUCUUUUCUGGCUGGGUUUGGUCAUUUGCCCUCUGAUUUGGAUGUUCUUUUUGGUUGCUGCAUUAUUUUCACUGAAGUUUAAGUGGCUGCUGGUUGUUGCUGUGGGCCUCUCACUGAACAUUGCAAACCUGAUUGGUUAUGUCCGUUGCAAGAAGGAUGCUGGAAAGAAGAUCAAAACUUUUGCUGGAAACUUCUUAGGAAGGCAACUCCUCAAUCAGCAGGUUAACACUCCUCGCAAUCGGCCUCCUGGAAGAUUCUUUGUACAAACCCCUUCUAAUCCUGUUCCACAACUACUGUAAGUCUCUGAGUGCCUUUCACUUCAUUUCUGUUAUUCUCUUUACUUAACUCUAAUAUCUAAUUCUGUUAUCCCUGAAAUGUUGGGGCCAUGUAAUAAAAGGCUGCUUAUCAAAGUGACUCCUUAUCAAGGACACAAACAUAUAUCUUGGCUUUACUCUUUUGGCUUAAGUAGUGCGGGGCUGCUUCUCCUAUGUUGUUGAUUGUAUGGAUUGCAAAACACUCCGACUAGCAGAGAGAAGAAGAAGACAAAGAAGAUUGCAAUGAGACAUUGCAAAAUUACAUGGAAAAGGACAAUGACUUUGACUUUAAAGUAUUAAGGCAGCUGUGAGCAAAGACCAACUUUGCCCGGGUUGAAUCAUAACAAAUAUAUAUAUAAAGAAACAGUAAGGAGAAUUUUAAUGCUGAUCCACUGUUCCUUGAGUUGAUCAUGUGGUAGAGUAUCACUCCUGUCUCUUACAGUCAACUACAAACAUUUUCUUUUAUCAUGGCAGUACAUACAUGUAUAACAAAAGAGUCAUUUGAAAUAAAACCCAGCAAUUUCUUAUGCUGUCUAGAUUUAUAUCAUUUUGUUUUAAUAUGUUCUUCAAUAUAAUGAUUCAUCUAUGAAAGACAACUUUACUAUUAAAAUUAUACAGGUCAAAUGCUUUGAACGUGAAAAAGAUAAAAAUAUAUAUAUAAUUUAAGAUGGCUUUGAAAAACAACUCAUUAUAAUAAUAAGAUAAUAAAAUGAUUAUAAAAUAUAUAUAGAAAAUCUCUGAUACAACCAGUUCAGUCUUUCUAAAACCUUCUGUGGCACAAAGUACACUUAUGACAUUCUGCAAAAUGCAGAAAUGAUGAAAUUACCCUGGAGUUGUGAAUUCAAAUCUUUAACAAUAGAUUUCUGUUAUUUCUUUCUGCUGAAUUUAAAUGCCACCGUGUAUAUAUUAAAUGUGUACUGAUGAGUUAAAGGAUGGUGCCUACUUUUGUAAAUUUCUUGUAAAUUCCUCUUUUGCUCAGGAUUACUCUCUGAGACCUACAGUUGAACCUCUACAAAAUGAACCCCUACUGUAAAGACCUAGAUUACCAUUGUGUUUUUAUUUUAUCUAGUGAUUAUUUCACUGGUGAUAAGUUUAAGUCUGCAUGGGAAUCCUGUGAUCCAUGACACUGACACAGAUAUCUGGGUUCAAGAACAUUAAAUGACCAAGAAAACAUUAUAAAAUCCUCAGGUUCAGGUUUGAUUGUGCUUGUGUUCACUUUCAAUAUGGGUUUCUGAACAUGCUUAGAGAGACUAACCGCUUUAACUAAUGCUGCCUCACCUUCCAAUUUCUCCCAGAGGUCUCGAUUUCUUGGUGG